AUGCGGAACUACUACGCUACGCAAGAUGUACCACGACCGUCCUCCGAUCAACCAUCAUACCUAACACCAUACCUUGGUCUUCGAGCUAGGCUCUCGCAGGUUUGGAUCAACCGCUGGACAAUUCUCAUUCUUCUCGUCCUGAUACGGGCACUACUCGCUAUUGGAAGUGUGAAUACGAACCUGACUUCCGCAAAAAGAGAAGCACUCUCUGCUUGUACUGGCGUGGAAAAUGUCGGAAGCGCCAUGGCGAGCAUGCCUUACUACAUGUCGUCUGGCGUGAACGAACUCACCGCAUCAGGAAUCGAGAAGGCCAUUAACGGGUUGAUGUCAAUGCUUCUGCUCAGCGUCACUGUACUUGAGGAGGUUUUUGUGUUCUACGUCAACCUUCUCACCUCGACCUACAUCUGUCUUUUCACCUUCGCUGUUGGUGGUAGCCUACACGUUGCCAUUGAUGUUGCUGAGGAUGUUGGAAACUUCUUGAAUUCCACCGCCAAAGACGUAGGUACCGAACUUGGUGAUGCUGUCAAUGACUUCCAGAAGGCCAUGAACAAAUUUACUGGUGCGAUUGAAGAUGUCGGCAGCUUUUUCUCUGGAAAGAAUGUCGACAUUCCUGAGAUCAAUUUGAACUCAUCAAUCGCCAAACUCGACUCAUUGCAACUUCCCUCCGGAUACGACCAAGGGCUAGACAAAUUGAACGACUCCAUUCCGACAUUUGCUGAAGUUCACAAUGCAACAAACACAGCUCUUCGCUUCCCUUUUGAAGAGGUCAAGAAACUGCUCAAUGAAUCAAUGGGCAGAUAUACCAUGAAUCGAUCAAUGUUUCAUGUUCCGCCAAAGGAGAAACUCACAUUCUGCUCUGACAAUCACGGCAUCAACGACUUCUUUGAUGACCUCGCAGAUGUGAUUACGCUAGCAAAGAAGAUUUUCCUUUCUGUCCUCAUCAUUGCUGCAAUCCUUGCCUGCGUUCCCAUGGCUUACCGAGAGGUUCGUCGCUGGCGUUUACAAGAACAACGAGCAAGAGCUAUCAAACAUAUAAACGACCCUAUGGAUGCUGUCUACGUCGUCUCGCGUCCGUACACAGCCGAUUUUGGUGUCAAAGUUUCGAACCACUUCUCAUCGACCCGUGCACGGACACUUGUGAGAUGGACAGUCGCCUAUGCCACAACAACACCUGCGUUGUUCGUUCUUUCUCUUGCAAUUGCCGGACUUCUUGGUUGUCUCUGCCAAUAUAUCCUACUUCAGACGAUCAAAAAAGAGGUCCCAGAGCUUACCGAGCAAGUGGAUGCCUUCGCUGAUAAGGUGCAAUGGGCACUCAACAAUGCUUCUCUUGCAUGGGCUGUUGAUACCAAUCAUGUCAUCAACGUGACCAACACCAAAAUCAAUGAAGACAUCUUUGGCUGGGUCAAUACCACAACUGGAGCAGUCAACAACACUCUCAACCUUUUCGUCGAUGGGAUGAAUGACGCGAUCAAUGCCACUUUUGGUGGUACGGUCCUGGAAGAUCCCGUUCAAGAAGUUGUGAACUGUCUGAUCACGCUCAAGAUUGAAGGCAUACAGAAAGCCUUGACUUGGGUCAGUGAUCAUGCUCAUGUUGACUUCCCAAUGGUCAACAACGACACUUUCUCUCUCGGAACCAUGGAAAAGAUCAACGAUACCUCAUCAGGAAACAGCUCGAUGCUGUCUGAACCAGACACCAUUGAUGCUGGCGGCCAAAUCUCUUCAGCUGUCCUUUUUGUUGUUCGUUCACUGGAAAAGGCUGUGAGGCAAGAAGCUAUCAUCUCAACUUGCGUGCUAAUCAUUUACUUGCUGAUCGUGCUCGUCGGACUUAUCAGAGCUGGUUACAUCUUCUCUCGCAGAAGUUCUUCGAUCUCCUCGCGAGUGCCUACCUACGAACAAGCAACCAGUGCUACGACCGUCGACACCAGUGACAAUUCAGCAAAUCGUUUCAAUGGCCAAUCAUACACCCUUUCGCCUCGCAAAUUCCAACUUUCCGACUAUCCGGGCGUCACGUCUCCUAUCUUGAGCUCUGGCUUCAGUCCGAGCGAAAAGGUUGGGUUCGUUGGCUCCCAAAAUGUCGAAGCUGCAACACGUCGACCUACACACAUUCGUGCCAGCAGUCAUGGCAACUUUGCAGAAGUUGCAUCUCCCGUAGACAACUCUCCAUCCAGCCCGCAAAGGAGUAACACUCAUUUGCAACCACAAGAUCCAUUCGCCGAUCAUGCCCGGUGA